AUGUCUCAGCAAGCGCUCAACAAGAUCGCCCCCAACAGCCCAUCGCGGGCCAAGCCAAAUGAGAUCGAGACCAACAUCGCAACCGCGCUGUACGAGCUCGAGACCAACAUCCCCGACAUGAAGGCUGCUCUGCGCCCGCUGCAAUUCGUCUCCGCCCGCGAGGUAAGAUGAGAGCCAUUACCCUCAUCGUGCAAAAGAAAAAAGCUUGGGAACAUUCGAACAAGCCAACGCCUUGGGCUCGGCUUAGAAAGAUGGAGGGCGAUCGGAAAUAUGAGACAUCUUGAUACCGAAGAGGCGGUGGGCACUGGGAAGCUUCGCGCUGACACCAGGACUCUUACAGAUCGAGGUUGGCCAUGGACGCAAGGCCAUUGUCAUCUUCGUCCCCGUUCCAUUGCUCCAGGGCUGGCACCGCUCUCAGCAGCGGUAAGAAUCUUCAAUCAUGAGCCCACCCAAUUCCCAUAACUGACCCAUUCACACAGCCUCACCCGUGAGCUCGAGAAGAAGUUCUCCGACCGCCACGUUCUCAUCGUUGCGUCGCGCCGCAUUCUUCCCCGCCCCAAGCGCAGCAACCGCAGCCGCACCUCCCAGACCCAGAAGCGCCCACGUUCGCGCACUCUCACUGCGGUCCACGACGCCAUCCUUGCCGACCUUGUCUACCCAGUCGAGAUCGUCGGUAAGCGCACGCGCACCAAGGAGGACGGCCAGAAGAUCCUCAAGGUCAUCCUCGACGAGAAGGAGCGUGGUGGUGUUGACUACCGUCUCGACACCUACUCUGAGGUCUACAAGCGUCUGACUGGCAAGGGAGUCAACUUCGAGUUCCCUCAGUCGCAGACUGAUUACGCUUCUUAA